UUGCAUCGUUUCACUCACGAGAAAGUGUUGGACUUGGAAUAUCACGACCUAAGUUAGAAUGCUGUUGCGGAGAAUCAAAUCAACCUGAACUCUAAAUAAGUUGUGAUGUAUUUACUAUUUUUUAUUGUUUUCAGUUAAUAUAAGUUUUGGGAACCAGGUUUUUCCAUCGUCCCUACUGGAACAACAAGAGACUCCAUCAUCAUGUCGAAAAGGACAAAGUGGGAUACUAUAGGAAAUUCAGAUGACUCAAAGAAACUGCCGAUUUAUCAACACAAGGCUUCCCUUCAACAAGCGGUCAAGGACAAUUCUUUCCUGGUUGUCACUGGCGAGACUGGCAGUGGGAAAACCACUCAACUUCCCCAAUACUUGCAUCAGGCAGGAUUUUGGAGGGAUGGCAGGAUUGGCGUCACCCAACCUCGGAGAGUGGCAGCCAUCACCGUAGCACAGAGGGUAUCUCAGGAGAUGCGCUGUAGUCUGGGCAGAGAGGUCGGGUACCAAGUGCGCUUUGAUGACUGCACGACAGAGGACACGGUGGUGAAGUACAUGACAGAUGGCUGUCUGUUGAGAGAGAUCCUUGCAGAUCCGGUUCUGUCUCAGUACAGUGUGAUUGUUCUGGAUGAAGCCCAUGAAAGAAGCCUGAACACUGACAUUUUGCUGGGUCUGUUGAAGCAGACUAUUUCCCCUACAGAUAAGGCCUCCAAGGGUCGCUCUGUCCCCCUCAAGGUGGUGGUGAUGUCAGCCACCCUGGAGACCGACAAGCUUUCUGUGUUUCUGGGAGGCUGUCCUGUCUUUACCAUCCCUGGAAGAACCUUCCCUGUUAUUUCCAGGUUUGGCUGUGCCAUUGGACAGAAAGAUACCGAGAGCACUGUUUACCUUAAAGAGGUUGUCAAGGUAGCUUUGGAUGUGCACACUUGUGAGAUGUCUGGGGAUAUCCUGGUGUUUUUAACAGGGCAGUCUGAGAUUGAAAAGGCAUGUGACAUGCUGUAUGAGAAGGCUGAGUCCAUAGAUUACCGUUACGAUGUGCAGGACCGCACAGUGGAGGGACUACUGAUCCUGCCCUUGUAUGGUUCCAUGCCCACUGAUCAGCAGAAGCAGAUCUUUCAGCCUCCCCCACCAGGUAUAAGGAAAUGUGUGGUCGCCACCAACAUUGCAGCAACAUCCCUAACCAUCGAUGGAAUAAAGUAUAUUGUUGACAGUGGGUUUGUGAAGCAACUCAACCACAACUCAAGGGUUGGCAUGGACAUACUCGAAGUGGUUCCAAUUUCAAAGAGCGAGGCCCAGCAAAGGGCAGGCCGGGCAGGGAGAACCUCCGCCGGGAAGUGCUUCCGGAUCUACAACCAGGAGUUCUGGGAGAAGUGCAUGCCAGACUACACCGUUCCAGAGAUCCAGAGGACCAGUCUCACUUCGGUCAUCCUCACACUCAAGUGCCUGGGAGUUCAUGAUGUCAUUAGGUUCCCUUACCUGGACCGUCCAGAGGAGAGGUUCAUCAUGGAAGCAUUAAAACAGCUUUACCAGUGUGACGCCAUUGACAGGAGAGGUAAAGUGACCCUGCUUGGUGGGCUGAUGGUAGAGUUCCCCCUGCCACCAGGGCUGACCCGGGCCCUUCUCCAGGCUGCCACCCUGGGCUGCGAGGACCUGCUGCUGCCUGUGGCUGCAAUGCUGUCUGUGGAGAACAUCUUCAUCAGACCAGGACACCCGGCUAAGCAGAAGGAGGCGGAUGAGAAGCACCGGAUGCUGGCAGCACAGGCGGGCAGCUGUAACGACUUCACCAUACUUCUUAGUGUGUUUGAGAAAUGCAAGGCCAGUGAUGAUCCGUCAGCUUGGUGUAAAGCGCACUAUAUACAUUGGAGGGCGCUAAAGUCAGCCUUCAGUGUGGAGGCCCAGCUCAGAGAGAUUCUCCUACGACUGCGACAGAAGAGAGAUUUCCCUAUGGAGAAGUUUGAUGGCAAUAAAAGUGAGCUGUUCAGGAGAUGUCUCUGCGCAGGUUACUUUACUAACGUGGCUAGAAGGUCAGUUGGCAAGGUUUUUACCACAAUGGAUGGGCAUGGAACCAUGGUUCACAUUCAUCCAUCAUCAACGCUUUUUGACCAAGAGGGCCAGCUGGACUGGGUGAUCUUUCAUGAUGUGCUGGCCACCUCACGGGUUUACAUUCGGACGGUGUGCCCCAUCCGCUAUGACUGGGUAAAGGACUUGCUUCCGAAGCUCCACGAGGUGGAUGUGUACGAUUUGAGCAGUGUUGCUAGACAGGAGGUGACUGACGAGGAGAUGGCCAAAUGGGAAACCAAGGAAGCCGCUAAAAGACAAACAGGAGGGUCUACAGAAGAUUAUUUUAAAAAACUGGAGAAGCGGAAUGAUGAAAGCUCUGUGAAUAAUGCACGUGCUCGCUACCUGCAGAGAAAACAGGAGCGGCAACAAAGCAAAGCAUCUUGAGAGUGGACAUUGGAAACGUAUCCUCAGGGGAAGAAGCACUCCAUUAUUGGACUUAACAAGACAAAAGAAUCUCCUCUCAGGGUUAUAAUGUCUUUAAUAAUUAAACUGCACAUGCAAUUUUC